ACCGCGUGUAUAUAAGCCGGGUAGUUAUGUUAUUGUUUUGCGUUAUAUAUACAUUUGAUUAAUUUUAAUUUAAUUUAUCAAAAUUAACUUUUACUCUUUCAUUUAAAUUACGUCAUAUUAUUUUAUUAAUUACUGUUUCCUGUUCUGAAUUUAAAUUUAAUUUUUUAUCUUUAUAAAAUAUUUGAUUAUAUUUUUUAAUUAAAAAAAGAUAUGUGGAUCGAUUUAGAACCAGAAUUGAUUGAAAAAGUGAACGAACGUAUCACUACGUUAAUAAAAAUGCCAGAAACAUUUUACAAAGCAUACAUGUGGCUUGAAAAUUCCGAAGCAAUCCAAGUCUUGCGAAAAGCUGCCGAAGCGUAUCAAUUAUCAGCACAUCAACUUGCAAUAACUCACUACAAAAAAGCAAUAACUCUUCUGAAAUACUCUACAAACACUCCAGAACAAUCAUCUCUUUUAGUUAUAAUCCAAUAUUUAAUCUCGAAAUGUCUUAUCGAAACAUCUCAACUUCAGUCAUUGAUUGAAGCAAAAGAUAUUCUUUUAAGUUUGAUAAAAACUACCGGUACUGAGUAUCCAAUGCUUUAUUACUUACUCAGUGAUUUAUACAUAAAAACUUUUUGCUAUAAAGAUGCUGAGAAAUUAAUAAACUCGAGCCUCUCAAUUUUGAAUAAUUCAAAAAAAUUAACAGCUUACAAAAUUCCAACAACUGACGAGAUAAUUAGGGAGUCAACUUUUGAUGAGUUGUCUAAAUUACUCGUCAGUUUAAAAGACGAGUGUCUUUGUUGGCAUCGUCCUGAUGCUAUUUGUUUUAUGAAAAAUUGCAACAUUACUUCAUUAAAUAAUUUGUCCGAUCGUGAUAUUUAUUUCAAAUCACCAGCUUUCAAUGGCCUGGUAGUGGUAUCAUGUAAUAAUAAUAUAAAUCCAUGUAUAUUUAAUUUUCAUAUAAACUGUUGGAAAUUAAAAAAAGAACAUUUGUCACCUAAUAUUAAAUUAUCGGAUAGAGAUUUUUUAAACUGGAAGUGUUUUACACCAAACUGCGAGCGUUUGUUGAAUGAAGAAAGUGUCAUUAGAAAAAUAGAAAUAUAUAAUAGUGAUAAUACGAUCAAGACACGGGUUGAAAUUCCAGAAAAAUUGAUAAGACAGUAUCCUACGCCCUCUAAAGGGGCUAUACGUAAACAAAAACUUUACAAAAUGACAUCUAAAACAGUACAGCCUGAAAGUAUUAACACUUGUACUUUAAAUAUUAGUAAUAAGGACCGUAAAAAAAUGAAGAAUAGUGAUGAGAUGACAUUGAUUCCACAUCUCAUUAAAUUAAUUCAAAUACGCAAUGCUAAUUACGGUAUCGAUAAAGGUGCUGAUUGGCGGCCAGAUUUACCAUUUUAUGGAAAUUCAGAGAUGAUGAUUGACAAGGAAUUUUAUGUUGAUAUAUUAGAUAUAGAUAAUGAUGAACUGAAGCAGAAGAAAUCAUUUUUGUAUUCAUAUUUUUAUCAAUAUGUAUCGUGCAAUGCACCAGUAAAAAAACAUAUUUUAGUUAAAAAGUGGUUAGAAGCAACUGAAUUAAUUGCUAACUGCGAAUCUGUUCUUUAUGAAUUGCGUUGUCCAAAUGUUAUUGAAUUUUUAUUAAAGUCAUUAAAAUUUGCGAUGAUUGGCGAAUACGUUUGUACGCCUGCUACACUAACGGAUGCUUAUGUUAGGGUUAGGAAUAACAUUUGCGGUACUCUAAAGUGCUUGAUGAAUAAAAAUGCUGGUAGUGAUGAUUCAGAUGAUGAUUUAUUUGAUGAUAAUUUUAUUAAAAAUUUAAGUUUAUUUAAUGAUAAUAAAGAUAUUGGUAGGAAUAAUAAUGAAAAAGAUUUACAAAAUAUUAAUAAUGAUGUUAAUUGUCAGUCAAAUGAAGAAUUGAUUAAUAAUCAAGAAGAUGAAAAAAAUAUUGACAAUGAAUUAAUUGAUAAUAUUAAAGAUAUUGAUUUAAAUGUCACUGAUAUUAAAAAUAAUAUCGAAGUAAAAGAAGUAAUUGAAAAUGAAAAUGAUGAUGCUGAUAAAGAUAAAAAUCAAGAUGAAGAAAUAAAACUAAAUGAUGAUAAUGUAAAAGAAAAAAAAUGUAAAGAAGGUAAAAUAUGUGGCAACACUCGUAAAAAAUUAGAAAAUAAAUUACAAAAAUCUAAGCAAGAACUCGAAGCAACCAAAGAAGAAAUGAUUAAUUUAAAAAUGUCAGUAUUAAGAAAUUCACUGUAUGCAGAUUACAUGCAUAAGAAAAACCUUAUAUUAUUUAAUAUACGUUUAUUAAGAAAUGAAUAUGCGAUUGUUGAUAAAUUGCAAAAUAUAUUGAUAUAUUCAACGGGUACGAUGUUACCAAUAAAUCAGUACGAAUGGUUACUGCCACUUGAGCAACUGCAAAAGUUAGCCGCCGAAUUAGAAGUUGAAUACUUUAAAUCAUCGGCAUUUAUCAGUAUUAAAGAUAACUGUAGGGAUUUGAACAGUAUCGAGUGUAAGAUUACUAAUUUACCGCCGUUGCCAAAUAGAAAUAUAACUCAUAUCAUACAAAUUGCUUUUGAUGUAUAUCGUAAUAAUAUUUUACGAUUUUCUGAACAAUUUAAAAAAUCAAUGCCACCGUCUUAUCCACCAGGAUUUAAUAAUAAUUAUAAUUCAGCAGUACAACAACAACUACAUAUAUCACAACAGUUACCACCAUUUUUUACACCAGUUAAUUUUACUGGAAUGCCUUUAGCUAACAAUUUUCCUGGUGCUAAUUUACAACAGUUUCAAGCAAACCCAAAUUUUCAGAUUAACGGAAAUGGAUGGAAUUCUGUGCAGUUUAUGGAAAAUAAUAUUAAGGGUCAAAAUUUUAAUUUUAAACAGGAGACUGCAAAUCAAUAUAAUGAAUUUAAUAGUACUAAUACUAAUAAUGAGUUUAUAAAUUAUGAUCAAGUAAAAAGUAAAGAGUUUAAUGACAAAGAUGAUAUGAAAGAACAAACUAAUUAUUUAAGUUACAAAGAGUCCCCAGAAGUAUUAAACUCCGAUGAGUUAUCAAUAAAUUGUGAUAAUAAUGAUAAUAUUGUUAAAGAUUUUGAUGAUUGGAAAUUAUUGUUGGCCAAUAAAAUGAAUCCUAUUGAAAAAGUUGGUAAAGAAAUAAUUCAAGAGUUUGAUGAAAAGGAAAUUAAAAAUAAAGAAAGUGAUGGAGAAGAAGAAAAAUCAGUAGAAGAAAUAAAUGAAUUUGAAGAAGAAAUAAUAGAUAAUAAUAAUUUAUUGAAUUCUACACCGUCGAUGGAUAAAUUAAUUAAUGAAUUGAGAGCUAGAAAUAAUGGCGUACUGGAGUUUGAUUUACUGUGCUGUGUCCAAAAAGUCCGUAAGAAAUUCAACAAUUCGUUAACAGGGUUAACGAUUGGUAAAAUAAUGCUCGAAGUUGAGAAACAAUUGCCUAGUCGAGAAAAAUUACAACUGAGUAAUUAUAAUAAUAAAAUUUAUGAAGCUAAAGUUAAUGAGAAGAAAGAUUGUAAUGAAUUAAUUAAGAGACAACGAUUGACUUCUGCUUCAUCAACUUGUUCUUAUUUGUCGACGAAAUCUGAGCAAAGUUUUACGAGUAAAAAAAAUCCAUGGGCUCCGGUAAGCAAUUUGCAGUGGAGUAAAGUUGAUCUUGAUCAAAACGAAUGCGUUAUUUGCAUGGAAACAAUUAUUAAAUAUGGUAAAGUGCCUUUUUAUACAUUGAGAUGCCAACAUACAUUCCAUAAAAAAUGCAUUAAAAAUUGGUUUGCUCAAAAUCAAUCAUGCCCAACAUGCCGUAUUCAUUCAACAAUUGAUGAUGAAUUCCCACCAUUACCCUAA